UAAAUAAAGAGAGAAAGAGAGAAAGAAAGAAGCAAGCGAGUUAGAUCUCUUUUUAAAAGAAGUAAUAAAGGGCGAGGAAGCCAAUUAGAGUAAUCCCCCUUGUCUCGUCAAUCAUGGCGCAUCAGUGGAGUUAUGGACAAAAUCCUCCGUUGGAUUUAUACAGUAAUCCAAACAUGGCUCACCAGCAGUACAUUCCGAUGCCUGGUCAAGUACCGCAAAUGCCACAGUAUACUCAGUUCCAACCAAUGCCAGGCCAAUCACCAUAUGGCCAACCACCCUAUGGAUAUCCGGUCCCUCAAGGAUUUCCUCCUACUCAACCCACGGUACCUCCAGGCAUUGACCCCGAAGUAUAUAACUGGUUCAUAAGUGUUGAUGCUGACCAUUCUGGGAAAAUUUCAGCCAAAGAAUUACAACAGGCCUUAAUUUAUGGCAACUGGAAACAUGCAAAUGAUAAAUCAGCACGUUUAAUGAUAUCAAUGUUUUCUAAAGACCACAGUGAAUCGAUUGACUUGAUCCAGUUCCAACAUCUCUGGAAAUUUCUCCAAGAUAUGCAGGUUGUUUUUAACAGAUUCGAUCCAACUCGUUCUGGAAAAAUUGGUAUGGCAGAAUUACAAACUGCUUACCAACAAAUUGGUUUUAGCAUAUCUCCAAGAACUAUCAGCAUCAUUAUGAUGAAGUUUGCUGAACGUCAAGGUGCUCUGGAUAUCGCAAGCUUUAUCCACUCUUGUCUUCUGUUACACCUGCUAACAAAUUCUUUCAAACAACGCUGCCAAUCUUCACCUGAAACUGCAUCUAUGCAUUAUGAUGACUACAUGCUGUUGGUGGCAACCUACAUGUUCUAAUUAUUUGGAUUUUUGAUUUCAAAAUUCUCUUUGGUGGUUUAUGUCAUAUAUAAUAGAACUGUACCAAGUGCUGUAUCUUUAAAUUAAUUAGUAUUCUGGAGUGGAUUAAAACUGCGCCUAUUUUCAAGAA